ACAACGUGAAGCAAUACCUCCACCUUCAACAGAGAAUGAUAAGACUCCUCAUCCAGAACCAAAUUACUGGUUCGUCCAAUAAAGAGAAUUUAAGAAAGAAAAAUGAAAUAAAUAUUGCAAGAGUUAAGAGCGGUAAGACAAAGAAACCGAUAAAAAACGGAAUCUUUGGCAGAAACCUGUCUCUCCGAACAACACAAGUUCAAAGAAAGGUCACAGUGAGUCGAUUGAGUCCAAUCUGA